GACCCUGUGGCGGAGGAGCAGCCACCCCCUCGCCUCCGUCAGCUGUAGUCUGGUGCGGGCGUGAGGGAGGAAGGUGCUUCUGGCUCGCUGUCCUUACGUAAGGGUCAUUAUACAACGGGGGAUCAGCUCUCCCAAUACACGUCUUCACAGCGAGUUUCAGAAUGGAGGAGAGCACAGAGAGAUUAGUAGACGCUGCGUCGUCCGCAGCUGAGGAGAUGGCAGAAGAGCCGUUGGUGGGGAUGCUGGAUUUGGUGUUACUAUCCCUUCUUGCGGGCGUGUCGGUGUACUAUUUCUUCCUCCGCGACACGAACAAAAAAGAUGAAGUCCCAGCGUUGAAGAGCUUUACGAUAUCACCAACCUCAUUACCGAUGCGCACAAAUGACAGCAACUUCGUGGGUAAGAUGAAAUCAUCGGGUAGGAACGUUAUUGUCUUUUAUGGAUCGCAGACAGGAACAGCAGAAGAAUUCGCAGGACGUCUUGCUAAAGAAGCCACAAGAUGGGGAAUGAAAGGUAUGGUGGCAGACCCCGAAGAGUGUGAUAUGUCGGAGCUCGCCCAGCUGACAGAUGUCGAAAAUCACCUAGCUAUUUUCUGCGUAGCGACGUAUGGCGAAGGAGACCCUACAGACAACGCGCAAGAAUUUUACGAGUUCCUGCAGAACGGCGAUGACCAGCUUGAUGGGUUACAGUAUACAGUAUUUGGCUUGGGUAACAAGACCUAUGAACAUUACAAUGCCAUGGGAAAAUACGUAGACAAGCGACUGGAAGAAUUGGGAGCAACCCGUGUCUUUGAGCUCGGCAUGGGUGAUGACGAUGCGAAUAUGGAAGAUGACUUCAUCACGUGGAAGGAUGCCAUGUGGCCGAAGGUCUGCCAAACCUUUGGUUUUGAGGCACAGGCUCAGGAUAUCAACAUGAGACAGUACAAACUAAAGAUUCACAAAGACUAUGAACCUUCUCAGCUGUACACAGGAGAGUUAGCUCGACUCAACUCACUGAAGAUUGGUAGCCAGAAGCCACCGUUCGACUCCAAAAAUCCUUUCAUGGCAGAAAUCAUUGUUAACAGGGAACUUUUUAAUGGUGGAGAACGAAACUGCAUGCAUAUUGAACUGGAUGUUGAAGGUUCAAGAAUAAGAUAUGACUCAGGUGACCAUGUAGCAGUUUACCCAGUGAAUGACACAGCUCUUGUAAAUCGCCUUCUUGAGCUAACCAAUGAAGAUCCAGAUAUAGUUUUCUCCUUAGCAAAUGUAGAUGAAGACAGCAGCAAGAAACACCCAUUCCCUUGCCCAUGUACAUACCGCACAGCUCUCUCACACUAUGUAGAUAUCACAGCGCUGCCCAGAACCCACGUGCUCAAGGAACUGGCUGAGUACACAUCAGAUCCUGCAGAAAAGGAGAAGCUUAAGCUCAUGAGCAGUACAUGUGACGAGGGCAAGGCAGAGUAUCAGAAGUGGAUUGUAAACGACGUCCGCAGUAUCAUCCACAUCCUGGAGGACUUGCCAUCUUGCAAACCACCCCUUGAUCACAUCUGUGAGUUGUUGCCAAGACUCCAGGCCAGAUACUACUCUAUAUCAUCUUCUGGAAAGCUCCACCCGACCAAAAUCCAUGUAACGGCAAAUGUGCUGAAGUAUGAAACCCCUACUGGUAGAACCAACAAGGGAGUUUGCACAAAUUAUCUGUACAAGCUGAAGCCGGAGAAUGACACCAAAUACCACGUGCCAAUCUUCGUAAGAAAAUCACAGUUCAGGUUGCCAAGUAAGCCGCAGACACCUAUCAUCAUGAUAGGACCUGGCACAGGUAUCGCACCAUUCCGUGGCUUCAUUCAAGAGAGGAGUUGGCAGCGUCAAGAAGGAAAGCCAGUUGGUGAAACUGUAUUAUACUUCGGAUGUCGGAACAAGGCGAUUGAUUACUUGUACGAGAAUGAACUGAAUGAAGCCAAGGACUCAGGCCUUCUGAAGCUUUAUUUAGCCUUUAGCCGUGAUCAGGAUCAGAAGAUAUACGUAACACACCUCCUUGAACAAAACAAGGCUGAGGUUUGGCGUAUUAUUGGACAAGAAAAUGGUCAUCUCUAUGUUUGUGGUGAUGCUAAGAAGAUGGCCAGAGACGUCCAUACUGUGAUUAUCCAGAUUUGCCAGACUGAGGGAGGGAUGACACCAGGAGAGGCUGAGCUCUACGUGAAGAAAAUGAUCAACCAGAAGCGUUAUUCAUCAGAUGUAUGGAGUUAGAGGUCGUCUCAGAUUGCCCGAUAUUUCUUUUACCCCCCCUAUUAUGUUUGGAUAUAGUAUUUUAUCAGAUGAAACAAAGCACGCCAGUAGAAAGUAACUGAUUGGAUGGCACAUUUUUGGAAUGGUUUGUACUUUUCAUUUGGGCCAUGUACAAGUCGUUGCAUCAGGCUACCGGAAUGUGUAUAUAUAUAUUUUUUUGUUGAAUAUUUAGAAUUUUCAUCAUCAUUAUAAUUGAAGAAUAUGUUUUAAUGAAAUAUAGAUUACAGGUAUUGAAGCAAUUAUGAAGAACAUGUGGAUAAAACAUUUGAAAUCCUGAAA